GGAAUGCGUCAAAGAAAGACGAGCUUGUGGAAACGAAUAUGAACACCCAUAGGAAACGGCUUGCGUGGGUUGUUAUAUCGAUAAUAUGCUACGUUAUUCGCAAGUCAGAAGCGUGGAAUCGGUCAGAGGCUCGCAUUGAGUACCCAUUAAUGCAAGACCUCGAGAAGUACCCGAGCUGGCAAACAGUAGUCAAGGAGAAGCAGAAGGUGUACCACACGGGAGCACCUCAACACGCUUUAAAUGCCAGCGUGCUUCAGGGCACCGAUGGGGGCCUGUUUGAGUUUGUGAUGAUAGAAAGCCUCAAAGCAGUUUGUGAGGGACAUGUCUGCAAGCGGAAGGUGUGUGCUCUAGCACGCGGUAGCUGGUGCCGUGAUUUUGCAAACUCGGAGCCGGUUCCCUGGAAGCCCGCUCCCCGCGGUGACAAGGAAUGCCCCGCCACCAAGUACGGCGCAUGCAACGGCGUCGGCGUGUGCCAGCACGACUUCGGGUUAUGCAUGUGCCAGGCGGGAUGGAAGGGGCCGGACUGCGGCGUGCGCGACCCGCGGCCCUGCACCCACCGGUUCCGCCUGCCCUCCGACGCCAACCAGACGGUGCCAAUGAGCCAUGUGGGCCCGGAUGGCCGCGACCGCAACUGGUCGGUGCCAGGGUGGACGGCAUCACGGUGUGCAGGCUACUGCGAUGAGGAUUACGGCUUGUGCUACUGCCCGCCUGACACGCGGCUGGGGAGGGUUCCAGCGGCGCAGGGGUCGGCGCCUUACACGCCGCCCAUCAAGAUAGGGCGGGUGGUGGGCGACACCUGCAAGCCGUCAAGGGUGAGCAGUCAGCCUUGGGCGGGGGGGGGGGUUGCAAAUACCAGCCCAAACUAAACCAAAACCAACGUGAACGAGCGGAGUGCAGGCAGAGGUGUUAGUUGCAAGCGAUAAUACUUAUGGGAUGUGGGCGGAGGCGUCGUGGAGCAGCAGGGCGAGCGGCGCCGGCGAGAAAUGUCGCCGCCCGGGCUUGGUGACGCGCACAACAGCACAAGACAGGAUGGACCCAGGUCGUUCGUGGCGGGGUGGGUGUUAGCCUGCGCUAACGAC